AUGGGAAACGCUGUUAUCUUUUUUAUAACCUUCUUCUCUUUUUAUAUAACCUUUUCUGAAUCAUGCACUCGUCACCCACAGGAGCAUUUCUGUACCGCUGGUAUCGUUGUGCAGGCUGCAGUUCUAGAAAUAGAUUAUAGGAGCCAGAUGGAGGUGAUCAAUACAGUAAGAAUAUCAAGGGACUUGAAGAAUUCUCAACCUGUUCCUAGAACACAAUGUAUUCAUACAAGAGGAUCGGAUGCAAGUUGUGGGACAUUUUUUGAACUGAAUCAAGACUACAUUUUCACAGGAAAUGUUCUAAACAGCGGUUCGUGGUUUACAACCUCAUGCAAUUUUUCUCCACAAGUGCAAUAUCUCUCACCGUUCCACAGGGCAGCGUUAUAUCUAGGGAUUUACAGGAAUAACUGUGACUGCAAAGUUACUGAUUGUACAUUUCCUGGAUUAGACUGUCCCUCAGUCGUGCUUGAAAUUGAAUGCGUCAUCAGAUCUGAGAGCAAUGCAGGCUGUCUGUACGAGAAUAACACUUGUGGGAGAGUCGGUUAUAGGUGCAACUGGAUUUUAAAUGUAUGCUUCGAAAGCAGGCGGUAUUAGAUGUAAGGA